AUGAUGCUCCUUCGGGCGUUGCCCACUCCUUCCGUGUUUAUCUCCCUGGGGCUAUUGGCAUCGGUUUGCUUCGAUACCACGAUAGCAUACGACAUUGCGGCACGUCAAAGCCCCACUCAGCCACGAGAACGCACAUCGUUAAAUGCGGGGUGGCGUUUCUCACGCUUCACCACGAACCCAGAUUCAUUAAGCUAUGAUACUCUCAAGCCCUGGAUCUUACCCGCAGCGAACGACUUCCUAAGCGAAAAGAAAUACGAGAGACCCUCGACGCCUGCUCCUGGUGCCAACAUCAGCUAUGUGCGCUCUGAUUUCGAUGACGACGAUUGGGAAGAACUCAACCUGCCGCAUGAUUGGGCUAUAAGCGGUACAUUCGAUGCGCCGGGAGUCGAUGGAAACUUGGGUCUUCUACCCAUUAAUGGCGUUGGCUGGUAUCGUCGUACGCUUUCCAUCGAUACAAGCACAAUCACGUCGGGCAAGUCUAUUUUCAUCGACGUUGAUGGUGCCAUGUCUUAUGCCGCGAUCUGGUUGAAUGGAAAUCUGGUGGGCGGAUGGCCUUUUGGGUACAAUUCAUUCCGCCUCGACCUGACACCGUAUGUAAAGGCUGGCGAAAACCAGCUUGCGAUUCGGCUGGACAAUGCGCUCGAGUCUUCGCGAUGGUAUCCUGGCGCUGGCAUUUAUCGCAACGUUUGGCUUGUCACCGUUAACCCUGUUCAUGUGGCGCAAUAUGGUACUUACAUUACCACCCCAUCGGUCUCUGCUCAAGAAGCAAGCGUCGAUAUCGUUGUUGAAGUCGAGAAUAAGGGCAAUGGCAGUCAGCAGGUAGAGGCGUCUACCGAGGUUUACGAGCUCGACCCAGCCACCAGGAAAGCCUCUGGGAGAGUUGUCGCGACAUUCUCAAAGACAGCGCUGACACUCGAUGGGAACUCCAAGAAAUCAGUUAGUGGAUCCGUCAAGGUCCAGAGCCCGAAGCUAUGGGGCCCUGUUCCGGCACAGAAGCCCCACGAAUACGUUGCGAUCACCACUUUGGUUUCCAAUGGAACCACACUUGACAACUACGAAACUGUUUUCGGUAUUCGCUCCAUCAAAUAUGAUGCCAACACGGGAGUGCAUAUCAAUGGAGAGCCCGUUCGCGUCUACGGUACCUGCAAUCAUCACGAUCUCGGUUCUCUGGGUGCAGCCUUCAACACUCGGGCUGCUGAGCGUCAAAUUGAGAUACUUCAGGAGAUGGGCAACAACGCACUACGCACAUCUCAUAACCCGCCAGCACCAGAAUUUCUCGAACUCGCUGAUCGAAUGGGCCUCAUGGUCAUGGACGAAUUGUUCGAUACCUGGAAUUUCGCCAAGGUAGCGAAUGACUUCCACCGCAUCUUCCCGGAAUGGCACGAGCCUGAUCUUCGUGCAUUCAUUCGACGCGAUCGCAACCAUCCUUCCAUCAUCUCGUGGAGUAUUGGCAACGAACUUCCCGAGCAGUCCAACUCGACUGGCGCCGCGACGGGCAAGGCUUUGCAGGACAUAACUCACGAAGAAGAUCCGACAAGGCUCGUAACUGUCGGCAAGAACAACGCAAACCCUACCACUGGACUUGCAGCCGCAAUAGAUAUAAUCGGUUUAAAUUAUCAGGGAGAGGGGCGUGGAAACUCCUGGAACAGCACAUUCCCUUGGUUCCACGAGACGUUCCCCGAAAAGAUGAUCUGGAGCACUGAGUCUGCAUCCACCCUGAGCUCGCGCGGCAUCUACCUCUUCCCAGUCACGUCUAAAAAGUCCGCAGUUGUUGGCGGCGCACCAGGUGACGGAGGCGACCCAAUGACCAACCACGUCAGCUCGUACGACUUGUACGCACCCAGCUGGGCGGCAUCUCCGGACAAGGUCUUCGAGGCACAAGACAAGCACCCGUACGUUGCUGGCGAGUUCGUCUGGACUGGCUGGGACUACAUCGGGGAGCCCACGCCUUACGACAACUCCAGCCGCAGCAGCUACUUUGGCAUCAUCGACCUCGCAGGCUUCAAGAAGGAUCGUUUCUACCUCUACCAGUCUCGAUGGCGUCCGGACCUCCCUAUGGCGCAUAUUCUGCCGCAUUGGAGCUGGCCCGAAGAUCGCGUGGGCCAAGUCACACCCAUUCAUGUUUUCACUUCUGGCGACGAGGCCGAGCUUUUCGUCAACGACGUCUCCGCUGGUCGCAAGAAGAAAAGCGAAUACGAUUAUCGCCUGCGAUGGGACAACGUGACAUACUCGCCUGGUUCCGUGCGUAUCGUGGCGUACCGCGAUGGCGCAGAAUGGGCGUCAGCUUCGCACGUAACUGCCGGCACACCCGCUUCCUUGAACGUGACGGCAGAUCGCACGACCAUCACAGCUGACGGUUACGACUUGUCGUUCAUCACAGUCGCAGUGACGGACAAAAAGGGCAAUGUAGUGCCACAAGCCUCGAACGAAAUCUCUUUCUCGAUUGCGAGUGGUGAAGGCAAGAUUGUUAGCACGGACAAUGGUGAUCCGACUGACAUGGUGCCUUUCCCGUCGCUGAAGAGGAAGGCGUUUAGUGGUUUGGCGCUUGCGAUUGUAAGGAGCGAGCCUGGCAAGGCUGGGGAGAUUGUGGUUGAAGCUAAGGCGGAGGGCUUGGCUGGUGGGAAGGUGGCUGUGACUGCGGCUUGA